AUGGCCGAGAAGGAGCCGUCGAAAGAAUCGCCGGAAGGAGCUGCGGACAAAAUGGACCCAGAAGGACCAACCAUAUACGAUGUUUGGAAGCAGGCUGAUGGCUUGUUCCAGGGCGAAGAAACAGAGAAAUGGAUUACAUUUAUUGCAAAAACCGACCACCACGCUGGAUUCGUAAGGGUUGUGGGAGGGGAUGAAGGAUUUACAACCACUGCCCCCAGAACAUUCCUUGUUCCUCCAAACCACAAUAUCGAGGUUUUCAGUUGCAAAAUUAUGUUCACACAAGGUUAA